UUAGGGUUUUGGGGGGAAAAGGCGGGGAUUUUGAUUAGUUGUAAUUCGGGUGCGACUAGGAGUUUAACGCAGGCAACAAGAAUGGAUUCUAAGGAGUUGGAGCAAAAGAUUAAAGAGGUGAGAUUGGAGGAAGAUGCUGCGAGCACUUCGCAAUUUCGGAGAGAGGAUCAUGGGGCCAAGCAUGAUGCUGGUUUGCAGAUCACUUGCUUUUCUGAAGUCCUCAACGAUGUCACCUUCCAUUUUCAGAUCAUUCGCUUCCCCAAACAGAUUUAUGUGUGGAUUGGUUACAACUCUGCCAAAUUUGGUCACAUGUAUGCGGCUGCACCAACUCGGCCUAACAAUAUGAUAUCCGCGACUUCCAUACUUGGUGGAGCUUCUGAUAAUACAGGAUCAGGCAUUGCCCGGCGAUUAGUAUUAAAGACUGGCCUCAAUAUAAUUUUGGCCUGCGACAUUCCGAAAAAUAAUCCGAUGCUUGAGGCAGAUGCCGAGAAACUAUUGAUACAGAAGAUCAUAAGCCUAGGUUACACCAAGUCAAGAAUGGAAGGGAAAUCCUUGUAGUAUACGCUGCGGUGACGAGUUGGGUUUAGUAAGCAUUCAUCCCAAAGAUUGGGCAGCGUUUUCAUGCAUACUUUUAGUUCCGAAAACAAUACUGAAGCGAUGGAUAGUGUUAUGGUUUUCUCUUUAGUCUCAAUUCCCCCCCCCCCCCCAAA